AUGACUGUAGAUGACACUAGAACGGAUAACCAAAGCAAACUAUAUCCAAAACUUAAGGGCUUUUCAAUUGCGCAGUUAAAUAUUACCAGUCUGACUAAACAUAUUGACGAACUCAGGAUUCUCAUAACAGAAAUGAACUUUGACAUACUAUGUAUUAAUGAAACAAGAAUUGACAAAACAAUUAAGAACUCAGAAAUAGGACUUCAGGGAUACGACUUAACAAGACGUGACAGAAAUAGACGCGGUGGGGGUGUAGCAAUAUACAUACGUAAUACCAUACCAUACGUGGAGAGGUCAACAAUAAUCCCUGAAAAUGUAGAGGCAGUAUGUAUCGAAGUAAGAAAGCCGAAUGCCAAGCCAAUACUCAUUUCGACGUGGUACCGACCACCAAACUCCAAUUCUGAGUUUCUCGACUCUUUUGAAAUCUUUCUUCAAAACAUUGACACAGAAAAUAAAGAAAUUAUAAUAACUGGAGACUUUAAUAUAGAUUUAAUGCCCAGUGAGACCGAGAAUAGUAAGGCAAAAAGGCUUAAAGAAUUACUAAACACAUAUCAAUUGUCUCAACUUAUUAAAAAGCCUACUAGAACAACAGAAUCAACGAAGACGCUCUUAGAUUUAAUAAUUUGUAAAACUGACGACCCAAAAACCGCUACAACGGACGUUGUUGAGCUAGGUAUAAGCGACCACAACCUAGUCUACACUUGUAGAAAGGUCGGAAUAUGUAAACAAAAACCCAAAAUUAUUGAAACAAGGCAAUACCAUAAACUAAAUAAUGCGAAAUUCCAAAACGAUUUAAAACAAGCUUUACUACAUAUUAAUGAACAUUCAGAUCCAAAUACGGCCCUACAGGAAUGGAACAGAAUUUUUCUACUGAUAGCUGAUAUAAAUGCUCCUACACGAUUGAGAAAAGUGAGAAGUGACCGACAACCGUGGAUGACUGAUGAAAUUAAAAAACUGAGCUUUCACAGAGACUACUUAAAAAAGAAAGCAGUCAUAUUAAGUUCCUCUGCCUUUCAUAGUUCAUACAAAAAAUGUAAAAACAAAGUAACUAAACUUAUUAGCAAUGCAAAAACUCACUACUUUAGAACCAAUCUCGAAAACAGCAAAAAUUGCAAAGAAAACUGGAUUCACAUAAACAAACUGCUAAACCACAAAACGGUCAAAACUCAGACGAUCAACAACAUUAAAUUUGGAGACCAAAAUAUUACAGGUGAUAUCAACAUAGCAAAUACAAUUAAUAACUACUUUGUAGAAAUUGGACCCAAACUUGCUUCCGUUAUUUCUCCUACAGACAUAGACCCUAUACAACCUAUUCAGCCUUGUAGAUCUGAAUUUAACUUAAGAACAAUAACAACGACAGAAUUAAUUCAAACAAUUGGGAAAACUAACUUAAACAAGGCCCCAGGUCUAGACAAAAUACCAAUUAAACUAAUUAAACUAGCAGGAGAUGCCAUUCACGACUCCUUACUACAUAUCUUUAACCUUGUACUGGGCACUGGCAUUUUCCCAGAUGAUUUAAAACUUGCUAAAAUAAUACCUAUUCAUAAAGAAGGUGACAAGGCGGAAUGCGGAAACUACCGGCCUAUAUCUGUAAUUCCUACUGUCGCCAAAAUCCUUGAAAAGAUUAUAUACGACCAAUUAAGUUCAUAUAUCAAUGACAACGACAUCAUUUGUAAACAGCAAUUUGGCUUUAGACCAAAUCAUUCUACAGAAACUGCCCUAUUAAAAUGCACAGAUCAAUGGCUACGCAACAUGGAUAAAGGAAUGGCAAAUGGAGUGCUAUUUUUGGAUCUUAAAAAAGCGUUUGACACGGUUGAUCACUCUAUUCUCCUACAAAAGCUAUACCAAUAUGGUAUAAAGGGUACUCCUCUAAAAUUACUAGCAUCUUACUUAAACAACAGAAAACAAGUUUGUGUCAUUAAUAAUAACAAGUCAGGCCAAGAAACAGUUCAAUGUGGAGUACCACAGGGUUCCAAUCUGGGACCAUUGCUAUUCUCAUUGUACAUAAAUGAUUUACCAAUGUGCCUUGAGUACACACAAGCAUCCAUGUUUGCUGAUGACACCAAUCUAUCAUGCACAGGAAGGACCCCAGCCGAAAUCGAGCACAAACUAAACGCUGACUUAUCCAAUGUUAACGACUG